AUGGAGUACAAAUUAGAAAUUUUGAGCUACUUACUCAUUUUUAAAAAAAAAAAUGAACGAAUUGCAAAGUUCGACGAGCAAAUAAAAACCUGUAUUAACAUAUUCGAAAAGGUGUUAAUUGACGAGGAGGAAUUGGCUUAUCUCCAAAUUAAUAAGGACACGUUUCGAACCAGACCUGAGUUGUCUUUUUUUAAUUUGAACCCGCAGCAAACGAUUAAUAAUAAUGUAAAAAUAUUGAACAGUUUAAUUAGUUUGGAAGAGUUUGAAGAAGAGCCGGAAGAGGAAAUACCAUCUCUAGUCAACAUAAAUGAGAUGGGGGAAGGGCCCUCCGAGCAGACAGAAUCCCAAGCGAAGAAUGCGCAAGACGAAAAAGAAAAAUCAAUUAAUGGUGUGCGAAUUGCACAGAAAGACGCAAAUGAACAAGUUGUCCCCCUUGUAGAUGAAACUUCCCCCAAAUUUACAAUCAAAUCUAGGGAGGACACGCAAAUUUGCCAAAAAAAGAACAACUAUGAACACUCCUUUGGUGACCAUUCAGCAGAUGUUUGCGACAUUGUUAACCCUAAAAGGCAUUACGAUCUGUUAUGUAGAAUUUUGUUCAUAUAUGCAAAAAUUCACCCCUAUGUUAAAUACGUCCAAGGGAUGAAUGAAAUUUUAGCUCCCCUAUAUUUUAUUAUUUUUAAUGACCCAUUAUGUAACUGCCCUAUGCAGGGAGAAGCAGAUACCUUUUUCUGCUUCAUCGAGUUAAUGCAAAAACAGAAAGAUGUUUUCUGUGAAGGGUUAGACAACACAGAUGAUGGAAUUAAUGGAAAGCUAAAAAAGUUUUCCCUCUUGUUAAGAAUAAAAGAAUAUGAAAUUUGGAAAAAAUUACACACACUCAAAAUAGAAACGCAAUAUUAUGCUUUAAAAUGGAUUCUUUUACUACUAACUCAGGAGUUUGACAUGGCAGACACCAUUAUAUUAUACGACCACUUCAUCAUUAAUAAUGAUGAGAACUUCAUUUUGUACAUAUGUUUAGUCAUUUGUUCGAAACUGAAGAGUUCCCUUUUGUGUGGGAAUUUCACUGUGAACCUCAAACUUUUGCAAAACAUCCCUCCAUUUGAUCCUUAUGAUAUAAUUUAUGAAGCUAAAAGUUUAAUGAGCCAAGAUUUUGAAAACAGGUUUAACAUCACAGAGGUGUAUAAUCAGUAUUAUGGACAAAAGAAAAGAAUAAAUUCUUUGGAAAGUCUACGAAAUUGUAGUAGUAUUGUCGAGGGGGACACAUCUUCUUAUGAAAAUCUGUCCACCAUGGACGAGGGAGAAAGUGGCAGCAGGCGCGGGUCUCUACUCAAGUCCCUUCGCAAUAAAUCCAUUGUACAAAAUAUUAAGAAUUAUAUAAGUAACAAAAUGGAUAUGGCAAAAAGGGCCGAUGACCAUUUGGACUUCGACGAGUUGUGA